GGAGAGCAUUAUUAUUCCGAUGUUUUUGUCGGGGAGGAGAAGAGAAAGAAAUACAAGAGCGUCCAUUGACAGAUUUUUCGCCAUUUCUGUCUCACAGUGAGCCCUUUCUCUUCCGCCUCUUCUGCAAAUUUUCUUCUUUUUCUUCUGCUGCUUCUGUCGGGAUUAUCUGGAAGGCAAAGGAUCUCCAUUUAUAACAACUGACGGUCUGAUAACCAGUUGUGAUUUGCAUAUUUGAGCUUGACGCUGUAAGAUUCAUGGAGAUCCGGGCAAGGAAUUUUGGGGGCAUGCAGCAGAUUCCUACAACUAUUAGUCAAGAAUGUCACAUAGACAGAAAUGCAAGACGAAGGCAAAGGAGUGGUAUCCACAAGGAUAUGAGCCAGAAGCAAGUUAUCUGCCCUGAACCUCGACGAGUCCCAGUUGUGGAUUCUCUUGUAGAUGAAUUGCACAAAACUUGUUGCUGGCCACCAAGUAACUCGAUGGUGCAAGAUGAAGGAGAUGCAGGUCGCGAGAUUUUGGACAUAUUUUUAAGAAAGAGUGGAUAUGGUGAUUCAAAUGGAUCUCUUCCAUAUUUUUGUGGCUCCCCUCCUGUUCGUGCUCAUAAUCCACUGGUUAAUGAUGUAAAGUUUGUUCGGAAGGAUUUACCAUCACCCUCUGUCAGCUUGACACAGAAAUCCUCCUGUGGUGCAUCAUAUGGGACAAAUCCCUCUGUGCGGGUGGAAGGAUUUGCUUGUUCAAGCUCAGAAAAACAGUGCAUUGUCCCUGCGCUUGCAUAAGCCUCCACUUCCCUUUGAGGACUGUGGAAAGCUUUUUAGUUCUGUAUAUUUCUGGAAAUGUUGGCAUUCAAGUGCGGUGGUUAUCUGCAUAUCUGCAUCAAAUUAUACUGUUACAGGGUUUGGAGGGGACUUCGUGCUGAAUGCAACUCAGUUUUGUACAUCAAAUCAAAUGAGGCGUUCACUGGUGUCAAAUAAUCAGUGGAGAAUAUUCUUGUACACAGGAUUUUAUUUGUGAAAUAGUAGAUGGGGCAAGGGUAGUAGACGCUACUUUGUCUCGCUUGAGUUUUAAUGGAAUUUGUGAGAGUGCUUGAUGGUAUAGCAAUAACUGUACAGUUAGGGAUCUCGUAACUUUGUAAUUAAUAUGUUAAUAUUUAACUGUCUGGUCCCUAUGCAGCUGUAUGCUAACUAGCGAGGAGCUGCGAGUGUAGGUCUUUACUGCUAAAGAAUGCAGUAUGUGGGAGAGGCUGUUCUCUUUUCUUUCCCUCAUAUUUUUGUAAGACAGUUGCAAAGGAUGCAAAUGCCUUUCCUUAUUGAUAUAAAUAUGCAAUUAUUGUCUCGGGUUUUGAUA